UAUGAUAAUUAUAAUCAAGCAGAACGAUUUAGUGUUAAUCAGGCUGGAUAAACAACUGGUCAUUCAUUAGUGAAAAUGGUUCGGUUUCUGGGAUAUCUCCUCUUCUUUAUAGCAGCAGUGCAUUGCCGCCAUGAGAAAUAUGAGGGUCACCAAUUAUACCGAGUGGCUGGCCCAGCUGAAGAGUUCGCAUCUUUGGAAGCAACCUUAGACCUAUUGUCGAUUACCCCAGCGGAAAGGUCUACUUUUGGCAAACUUGAAGUUCUAGUGAGACUUUCUCCUGAAGUAAAGGAACGAUGGUUACAAUACUUCGACGAAAGAAAUAUGCCUUAUUCAAAAAUAGCCGAUAACCUUGCUGAAAUACUUCGUGACGAAGAAACCAAAAUUCAAAAUGCAAAAUUAGCUGCAAGGCAAAAUGGACGUUCAAUCAGUUGGGACACGUACUACAAUCACGAUGAAAUCAAUAACCAUUUAGACGAAUUGGCCGCUGAAUACCCCGAGCUGGUGACAGUUAUAAACGCCGGCUUAACCUACGAGGGCCGUCAGAUUAAAUACGUCAGAAUUUCCACUACACGUUUCGAAGAUCCUCGUAAGCCGGUCAUCAUUAUCGAUGCAGCCGUCCACGCCAGGGAAUGGGUGACGCCACCAGUUGCUUUGUACUUAAUCAACCAGCUCGUUAUUGAUGUAGUGGACAACCAACUCACCGAUGGCAUCGACUGGAUUAUAAUUCCAGUAGUCAAUCCAGAUGGUUAUGAAUAUUCCAUUAACGUAGACCGUUUGUGGCGUAAAACUAGGUCACGUGCCCAUCCAAACGCAGAAGCCUGCCCUGGUAUUGACGGAAACCGUAACUUCGAUCUCGCAUGGGGAACUAACAGCGGUGCGGCAAAUCCUUGUGCCAUUACAUACGAAGGUCCAACUCCGUUCUCUGAAUCAGAAAUCAGGGUCGUUAGAGACGUCGUACUUCAGCAGCUUCCUCGCGCCGCACUCUAUAUUUCACUGCACAGUUAUGGCAACUUGUUCCUGUAUUCUUGGGGCAAUAAUGGAACUUUACCAUCGAACGGUUUAAACCUCCAUCUUGCUGGUGUAACUAUGGCCACGGCUAUCGACGAACUCGCUCUAGAUGAAUCGCAGAGGUACAUCGUGGGUAAUGCCGCGAACGUUUUAUACUUCACCACAGGCACCUCCCGCGACUGGACCCGCUCUGUCGGUGUACCACUUACAUACACUUUAGAACUGCCCGGCUACACCUAUGGCUUCGUAGUCCCUCCAGAAUAUGUGGAACAAAUCGUGACAGAAACAUGGGCGGGAAUAGCUGCCGGUGCCCGUUUCGUUCUCACUUCCUCAUAAUUUUAAUGAAAUAAAGCUCAAUAGAUAUUACAGCAAUAAAAUACAUUUCCGUUUUUC